GGGGCUCUUCCGUGAUCAUUACGCAGAAUCCGGUUGUGCAGCAGCCAUUUUGUAUGUUCGGGCAAGUCUACCCCUGACGGUCACCAACAGCAGUUCCACCUUGGAAAAAAAAAAACAAUUUAAAAAAUACUGUGACUGCGUCUAAUUUUAUGAUAUGUAGCGCCAGAGAGUCAGGUUAAAAAUUGUGUUUCGUUUUUUAAUGUUGUGAGAGGAGCCCCAGCUCCUUCGAGACAAAAGAAGCAACCAUUCAGAGACAGCCCGCUGCGGGGGAAGCUCAGCCAUGUCGAGCGAAGAAAGCUACUUGGCCAUCAUUCGCUAUUUGACUGACGAGCGGGAGCCGUACGCGCCGGGGACUCACGGCAACACCAAGAGGAAGAUCCGCAAGGCCGCCGCCUGCUACGUGGUGAGGAGCGGCACCCUUUACUACCAGCGGCGGCUGAAAGGCCAGAAGGACUUCACGGAGCUGGAGGUGGUGCUGCAGGACGGACGCAGGACGGAACUUAUCAACCAGGCGCACAUUGCCGAGGAAGGCGACCACCUCAACCAGCAGCUCACAUGGGACUCCAUCUCGCAGAAGUACUGGUGGAGAGGUAUUCUCAAACACGUCAAGGACCACAUCAGAGAAUGCCCUGCGUGUCAGAGUCGGCGAAACACGGAUGACGGCACGGGGACACGAGCAGGGGGGCGUCAAGGGGGCAGACGCAGGGGCGUGGAGGAAGAGGAGGAGGAAGAUAGAGAAGAUGAGUUGGACUUUAUGGGCUCCAGAGCCAGGAUGGGAAAGUCGUCGGGCAAACACGAGCUCGUCUUUGUUGACAGUAAAGGCGAGGUGAACCAGUUCCUCCCCAGACACAGCCAGACCAUGCUGGACAAGCUGAACACGCAGCGUCUCAACAACCAGUUCUGUGACAUCACGCUGCUGAUCGAGGGGGAGGAGCAUCGCGCGCACAAGGCGGUGCUCGCCGCGUGCAGCGAGUACUUCCACGAGCUGUUCGUGGAGAAGGGGGCCGUGUCCACUCACGAGGCCGUGGUCGACCUUUCCGGCUUCACCAAGGCCAGCUUCCUGCCGCUCCUGGACUUCGCCUACACCUCGUCGCUGACCUUCAACUUCUGCGUGAUGGCGGACAUCGCCACGCUGGCCCGCCACCUGCUCAUGGCCGAGGUGCUGCAGAUCUGCGAGUCGGUCCACAAGCAGGUGGAGGAGCAGCAGCUGAUGGUGUACCAGCGCGGCGACACCCACACGGUGGUGUCCAGCCAGCCCGCCGGCCCUGAGGCCACGGAGGAGGAGGGGGGCUCCUUCCUGGUCACCAUCCAGAGCGACGGCCAGGCGGUCGUCACGCACGCCGGCGUCGCCGUGGUGGCGGCGUCGGACGAGGAGGGGGUCCUGGUGGAGCAGGCGCUCGCCAUCGUGUCCCAGGCGGAGGACGCCGACCUGGGCGCGCGCGGCGACCAGGUCGGCGCCGACAACGAGACCGUCACCCUCAUGGGCCGCGUCCCCGAGGAGGAGGAGGGGGAGACCCUGACGGUGGUGACUCACAGCGGGCAGGCCGGCGCCGGCGACUCCCUGGCGGUGGUCUCGGCGUGCCUUGCGAUGGAGCCGCCGCCGCCGACCGACGAGCCCGCCGCCCAGGACCCCGCGGUCGGUGAGGAAACCCCCGGCCAGCAGGGGGCGUCAUCGCAGGACCCCGACCCGGACACCGCCACCUCCACAGAAAUGUCACGGGGGGACGUUUCUUCCGGCACAACCUCCAGAGACGACAACGUUUCCACGACGGCUGCCGUCGUGGAAACGGCGUCGUCUCUGGAGGUGGUGCCGGAAGAAGCAGUAGCGGAGGCCGAGCCACCGCCUCCCAAACGGAAGCGGGGUCGUCCCGCAAAGGUCAAGAAGGAGGUGGUGGUGGUGGUGAUGGAGGAGGAGGUGGAGCCAAUGGAGGAGACGGACUCCCUGGCCUCGGCCCUUCCCGGGGAGGAGGAGGGGUCAGCAGACGACCCCAACAGACGGCGUCUACGGCAGCGCUCCAUCGUCGAGGGGGGCUACGCCCGGCUCCACAUGGGGCUGGAGGAGGAGGAAGAGGACAAGAAGAACCUGGCCCCGCCACCACACCCCACCCCCGCCAAGAUCCCUCCCGGUAAACCGGGUCGGCGAGGCCGGCCACCAAAGAGACCCCUGGAGGUCUCGGACCCCUCCAAACCCGACCCCGGGGCCGACGGGUCAGAGGUCGCCGCCACGGAGGGGGAGGGGGAGGGAGGGGGAGACGCCAGCGCCAGGACCAAGGGGGGCCCGGACGCAGAGGGCAUGCUGGACGGGGAACACGCGUGCUCGGAGUGCGGCAUGACGUUCCAGCGGCGCUACGCCCUCAUCAUGCACACGCUGAAACACGAGAAGACCCGCGCCUACAAGUGCAGCUUGUGCAGUAAGGAGUUCCAGUACGCCGCCUCUCUGCGGGCCCACCUCGCCCGCCACAAGCAGCACAGCGGCCAGCGGGCGCUGCCCCUCAAGCCCCCGGCCGCCGCCGCCGCCGACCUCGGGGCCAACCAGGGCGGCGACCCGGACGACAAGUCGGGCGUGCGCACCAAGCGGGAGUUCGUCUGCGACAUCUGCGGCAAGACGCUGCCCAAGCUGUACUCACUGCGCAUCCACAUGCUGAACCACACGGGCGUGCGGCCGCACUGCUGCAAGGUGUGCGGCAAGUCGUUCGCCAACAAGCACAGCCUGAAGAUGCACCGCGCCCUGCACGACAACACCAAGCAGUUCCAGUGCGGCUACUGCAGCAAGACCUUCGUCAGCCGCCGCAGCAUGGAGGAGCACACCAGCAUGCACACAGGGGAGUCUAAGUACUUGUGCAACAUCUGCGGAGACACCUUCCACCGUGCGUCGGCCCUGAGCAAGCACACCAAGAAGCACCAGCCGAAGCCUGAGGUCCGCGCCUUUGCCUGCACACACUGUGACAAGAGCUUCUUCGAGGCCAAGGACCUGCAGCAGCACAUGAACAAGCACAUGGGCCUGAAGCCCUUCCAGUGCCAGGUGUGUGGGAAGUGCUACAGCUGGAAGAAGGACUGGUACUCCCAUGUCAAGUCCCACAGCGUGGCAGAGCCAUACAGGUGUACCGUGUGUGGUAAGGAGUUCUUUGAGAAGGCCCUGUUCCGGAGGCACGUGAAGAAGGCGACGCACGGGAAGAAGGGCCGUGUGAAGCAGAACCUGGAGCGGGUCUGCGAGCACUGCGGCAGGAAGUUCACCCAGCUCCGAGAGUACCGGCGCCACGUCAACAACCACCAGGGCGUGAAGCCCUUCGAGUGCCUGACGUGCGGCGUGGCGUGGGCCGACGCGCGCUCCCUGAAGCGCCACGUGCGCACGCACACGGGCGAACGGCCGUACGUGUGCCCCAUCUGCCAGGAGGCGCACAUCGACGCGCGCACGCUCCGCAAGCACAUGGCCAAGUACCACGAGAACAACCUGCCGGGCAAGAUCAUGCUGGAGAAGGACACGCUGCAGUUCCACAACCAGGGCACGCAGGUGGAGCACGCCGUCAGCAUCCUGGCCUCCGACCUGCCCCCCGAGCUGCGGCCGGCCCACGCCGAGGCCCAGGCCGUCUCCUGCUCCGAGGAGAUCGAGACGGUCCUGAUCACAGAGGAGACGGUGGAGGCCAUGCAGGCGGCGCAGGCGGUCGUCGGGGACGGUGGCGGCGGCGGGGUGGCCACGCUGUCGGAUCAGAGCAUCAUGCAGGUGGUGAACUACGUCCUGGCCCAGCAGGGGAUGGGUGUGGCCGGGACCAAUGGGAAGCUGGAGGACUCGCCGCAGGAGGAUGCGAUCACGGAGGAAUCGCCCCAGGAGGAAUCGCUCCAGGAGGAAUCGCUCCAGGAGGAAUCGCUCCGGGAGGAAUCGCUCCAGGAGGAAUCGCUCCAGGAGGAAUCGCCCCAGGAGGAAAUGCUCCAGGAGGAAAUGCUCCAGGUGGAUUUGCCCCAGGAGGAAUCGCCCCAGGAGGACAUCCAGACCAUGGAGGUGGAGGUGCCGCAUGUGGCCGAGGGGGAGUGAUGUCACUUCCUGUGUGGGUACACGGGGAGAACAAAGUGAUCCCCAGGAAGAGAAAAUGACUGGCAGCUCUUCCGUGUUUUUUUUUAGCACUGAUCGAGACACGAACUGUGUGGAGAGGGGCGUGUAAAGAUAUUGUGUAUUUUUACGGAGUAUGUACAUAAGUAAGCCGUGGUUUAUGUAUUCACUGUCUGCCAAAGCCCCCGCCCAGAGAGCGCGGUGUGAAUAUGUACAUUGUGUACAAAUAGAUACUGAAUACUGCUUCCACUCGCCAAACACGCAGGAGGUCUGUUCUGCUCUCGGGUUACGGGGGAGGGAACGGGAACUCUUUCGUUAUAUAUUUUUUUGCUUACGCUGUUUUUGUUUGGAAUGUAGUCGUCCCCGUCCCCCCUUCCACAAAAACACCUUGACCCUUAACCUUGUGUCAGACUGAAGGAAAACCAAAUUAAAUGACAAAAUACUUCCUG